AUGGUNACUGAAGCAGCAACUACGCAGGCACCAACGACUGAAGCAACGACUACAGAGGCACCAACGACUGAAGCAACAACUACGCAGGCACCAACCACUGAAGCAGCGACUACGCAGGCCCCAACCACUGAAGAAGCGACCACGCAGGCACCAACCACCCAAGCAGCCACUACGCAGGCACCGACAACGGUCCAGGCCUCCACUACCAGUAGCCCUAACUUACCCACUUCAGACGGCACUGUCUGUCCAAGCGGCUGGUCAUUUGGACGCCAGUACAGUUGUUAUCAGUUGCUAUUUGACCGUAGUGACCAUUACGACUACAGAAAGGGCUGUACUGAUCUAGGGGGCUACCUCGCUGUGGUGAAUUCCAGGGAAGAGCAAGAUCAUGUCAUUCAAAUCCUCAGGUAUAAUGCAUCAGCAACCGAUGUGAUAUCAGGGAUGUUCGACCCAUUCUAUAGUCUAAUAUAUACCGGAGAAGAUGGCUCUUAUCUGUCGUACUCUUACUGGGAUGACGGAAACCCGGACACCAGUGGGCUGAAGACACGGGUGCUGUUUAACAAGACCUCCAACUUCAGCUGGAUCAAUGCAGAGAUGAGUGGGGGGCCUAAUAUAGCUCUGUGUGAAAUAAACGGAGGAUUUGACGGCUGUUUCAAUAAUCCAACAACGUACCAUGUCAAGGUAUCGCACUCUCGGCUCAUGAACAGUCUUCAGUGUAUAGAGUACUGCCGUGGACAGGACAUCCCCAAGGCUGCAGUGUCCGGUGCAGACUGCUACUGUGUAAACAGUGAACCGGCUGGGAAGCAGUCCCCAAGUGAUUGUGCUUUAGGUUGCCCUUACAACCCCGUCCAGCAUUGUGGAGGAACCAAUAAGGCCAAUGUUUAUUCUGUCUCGUUCUACUACUCCCGUGCUGCGUCCUGCAUGCAUCUGGCAGAACAAGGUGUUUUAAUAGAGGGAACGUAUUGGGUUCAGGAAGAGGCAGGACAAACAUCUAAAAAAGUUCAAUGCAAUAAUAAAGGUCCAUGCCAUACGCCUCUGAUGCACGUUUACGACAACACCUUAACAAUUACGACAUCAACGACAUCCAGCGAUGCCAACUAUACAGCAAGCAACGCAUUCCUCUAUGGUGUGUUUGGUGUCGGUUUUGACACGGGAGAUUCCAACCCCUGGAUCCAAGUGUCGUUCAGCGAACUCUUCAUAUUUACCGGCAUCGCGACUCAAGGUGCCAAGGAUGUGGACAAUAUGCAGUGGGUUGGAGGCUACACCAUCGACUACAGUGAAGACGGUAUGAACUGGACACAUUACGACAACGGCAACCAGUUGGCCGGCAACACGAAUUUCAACAAAGUGGUACUGAAUACCUUUAAAGACCCGUUCCUGGCGCAGCAUGUUCGCUUGUAUCCUAACAGCUCGACCUGCCACAACAACUGCAGUCUGCGCAUGGAGAUGUACGGCUGCAAGUACAGUUCCUUUGACCAUGGCGACUAUUACGUUGGGUGUAUCGUUGAGACGAUGGACCCAAACCUAAGUCCUGUCAUGGAACGGGUUAUAUCAACUAACUGUGGAACACCUGCCGCCUGUGUGGACUUAUGCAGAGAUAAUGGGUAUCUUUAUGCUGGUCUGAGUGGAGACAACUGUUCCUGUUCCAAUAGCGUGGACAAAUACGGCCGUUCUUCGAAAUCGUACUGUUACACAAGGUGCUCUGGCGAUUCGAUCGCCUUUUGUGGAGGACACUACCGUUAUUCUGUAUGGAGGACGUGGGACGUACGUUGCCCCGCAGUGCCAUCUGUGGGCAACGCCUUGGCCUCCACCGCAAACAGGCAGCACAAUGUCAAGGUCACAUACAGCUGCCUGCCAGGCUUUCAGUGGCCAGCGGGAACUCUGGAGGAACACAAAUUCAUCACCUGUCAAGUCAAUAACUGGACAGCCACGCCCCCUGCUUGUGAAGCCGUGCAGUGUGCUGGGAACCUGCAGACAGUUUCCAACGCAACCGUGACGCAGUCUGGCAACAGAUACCUAGAUAUCGCCACAUACACGUGUAUAGAGAACCACGCCUUCCAGGAUGGAACGACAACGAAGAAGGCGUCUUGCUUGAGUAGCGGGCAGUGGGAUAACAACGUCCCAUCUGCCUGCAUCCGUCCCCAGUGCCCGGCGGUGUCCAGUAGCCUUUCUCACACCACGGUCAACUCGAGUGACCACGGGGCGGGAGCGGCGGUGAGGUACGAGUGCUCUCCAAACGCCGCCUUCAGUGACGGGAGCUCGGAGAGGACACGUCGUUGCCUCGUGUCCGGACACUGGGACAGUACGGAGGAGGCGUGUGGUAAGGGUCACUGUGAGAUAACACCGCACCAGUUUGGUGGGUGGGUUAAGGUGUGUUUACAUAUUAAUAGUAUAAUUAAAGUCGACAAUAUUCGUCACAAACCAAUUCUACGGGCGGCCUGAGGCAGGUAAGAUCAUAUGAUCACAUGGUAUAUCAAAUCCGACCGUGCAAAUAAACGGUUGUUCUGACUAUAAUCAGAUCAGGUAUAUAUUUUAUAAAGUGCAUAUUUUACUCAAUUAUUAACUAAAAUAUAAUAACGAUGUUUAUAAUAAAUCAUAUGAGGUAUUCAUUCAAUCUCACCAUCAUCAAAUUAUUUAACAAGAUCGUUGGCCACGAACGACAGAAAAGGUAGGUAAAUUUUCUAAAUCCAUAGAACUCAAUCUCUUUGUUUAAAGUUUACAUUUUACUUUACUGAUUUUUUCUUUUUCGUUAUUCAUGUCUUUUACGCUUUAAAGGUUUUUCUUCCUGCUUUUUUAUGUGUGGAUGUUUAUAUUGCUACACUUACUCGCUACAAAUCGGUGAGAUGGGAUGAAAGGAAGAGGUGUG